AUGGUCUGUCAUUGGGUUAUUUUGCUUUGGACUAUCAGCUGGACAGGCGAGGCAAAUAGUUCGGACAUUCUGCAGUUGUUGAGCAACAUUAAGCAUCAGGAACAUUUUAAUUACAUGUUGUUGAUGAAACAUCAAAAUAACAGUGAGUGGAGGGAUCUCAAUGAUGGCCAAGACUUUGUUAAGAGUCUAAUAGACCAUCUGCAAACGCCUGUGAUUCAACUGGAUGAGCACGUUACCUACUUCUUGUAUGACAAAAAUAGUAAUAUAAUACUCACUGUGGCACUUUUGCGGGGAACGGAUUUUGAGAUGAAUAAAAGAUUGCUGGAUUCACUGGUCAAGAACCUGAGAGUUAUGACCGUCUCGCGAGUCGUAUUUAUGGUGCAACUGGAACAAGUAAACGAGAUUUUUCUAUACGAAUUGUUCACCUACUGCUGGGAAAACAGGCUGCUGAAUGUGCUGGCGAUAUUCGAGGACUAUGAGUUAACAAACACCUUCUACAGCUACUCGCCAUUUCCCAGCUACCAAUUGGAGCAGCGCGUGUAUGAUCCCAACUCGAUCAUCUUUCCUGAUCGUUUUCGGGAUCUUCAGGGAUUCAAAGUGAGGGCUAUUCUUGGUGGGGCCACUCCGCGCAUCAUAAUUUAUUAUAACAAACAGGGAGAUAUCGUGUAUAAGGGCACUUUGGGUCAUUUCAUGGAGGUAUUUCAGCAGAAAUUUAAUUGCACUCUUAUGCAGCCGAUUCCUCUCAAGCCGGAUGUGUUGCUUCCAUCAGCGGACCUGGUCGCAGCCGUGCGAAACAAUACUGUAGACAUCUCCUUGGCCAUUACGUUCCCGGAAGGAUAUGAUAUGCUGCAGUAUACCUAUCCCUACGAGCAAUUGAACUGGUGUGUGAUGCUGCCUGUGGAGGCGGACAUACCACGCGCGGAGUAUUACAUCAACGUGUUCGAUCUUGGGGCAUUUCUGCUCACCCUGGCCACUAUUUCUGUAAUUUCACUGACACUGUCGGGUGUUCUGAGACAGCAUGGCUAUUCUGUGCAGCUGUAUGAGUUCAUAUUGCACGAUAACUGCUUGAGAGGCGUUCUGGGGCAAUCCUUUUAUCAGGUUCGUCGAGCCUCGUUGCUAAUACGAGCAACUUACAUGCAUAUUUGUGUGCUUGGCUUUCUGGUUACUGCUUGGUACAACUCAUACUUCUCGGCCUUCGUGACCAGCAUUCCUAAGGAGGCGCCCUUCCGGACCUACGAUGACAUUUUGGCCUCCAAGAUAAAAGUACUCGCCUGGGAGGGGGAGUAUAACGAGCUCAUAGCACGUGCCAAGGACCUAAAGAAAUACGAGCGCAUGUUCCUGGUCGAGCCCAACUUCAAUAAGUUCUUGCGCAUGCGUGACUCCUGGGAUACCUCGCAGGGCUACAUGAUGACAACCAUCAAAUGGGUCGUCAUAAAUGCUCAGCAGAGCAUCUUUAGUAGACCCCUGUUUCGGAUGCGCAACGAUUUUUGUUUCUUCAAUAAUAUUCCCCUUGGAUUUCCGGUGAAUGAAAACGCAAUUUACAAGCAGCCCAUAGCCAGGCUCAUCUUGCAGCUGACUGAUGCGGGUAUUGUAAGCUACUGGACAAAAAACGGAUUCUCGGAAAUGGUCGAGUCGGGCGAGCUGAAAUUUUCGGAUCUCAGUCCACGCAGGGACUUUCAACCCAUGCAGCUGCAGGAUCUACAGUAUGUGUGGUACGGCUAUGCUUUCAUGGUCGUAUUCUCCUCGAUUGUGCUUCUGCUCGAAAUGUUUUGGAAUCGGUUGAAAUUGCGACGCCAGCGUAAAUCCAUUUAG